CGCCACCCCGAGGAAACUUGGUGUCGCCCAAAGUCGACAGAGAUCUGGUCAGCGCAAGGCAGCACUCUCCACGGUUUCGGCCGCAAGAAUACCUCGGUUGAGAUACUGUUAGCAUAUUCCGACAUGGCUGCUGCUGAUAUCAAGAACCCGCCGGCUCUGGCCGAGUCCAAAUCGGCCAAGAAGAAGAAGGCGAAGGCGGAGGGCACCGAGUCCCCUGCGCCCGCUGCCUCGACUCCCGAGAAGGCCGGGUCUGUUGCUGCCGGCGAGACCUUCGAGGAUGCCGACAAUAAAUAUAUCCGCGACUUGCAGAAGAGCAUCCGCAACAUCACCAAAAAGCUUACCAACACUGCAAGGAUCGACGCCAUCAUCGCCGAGCACGGCGGCAAAUCUCUCGACGAACUCGUUUCUCUCAGGAUAAUCAAUGCCGACCAGAAGGCCGCCCACCUCAAGAAGCCUGCGCUGCAGGCCCAGCUGUUCCAGCUCGAGGAGCAGCUUGCCCAGCACAAGAAGGUCGAGCAGGAGUACAAGGCUCGCCUGGUCGAUCAAGAGAAGGCAUUGACGGAGCGGUUCGAGAAGGAGAAGGCCGACCUCGUGGCGGAGCUUGCAGAGAAGGCCGAGGCGGAUGCCGCCGCGUCUCUUCACAGCAACCUCCUCAUCCUGUCGCAGUUCCUUCGCCUUGCCGCCGCCCGCCGUGCCGAAGACGCCGAUAGCACGUCCGACGAGAGCAUGGCGCUCGAAGGCGUCCUGCUGCACAUCUACACUGGCGACGAGAAUGCCGUGGCCACCAUGUUGAAGCUGGUGCAGGGCGCGGACGAGCAGACACGCAGCACCACUGGCGAGACGCUGCAGACGACCUUCGCCCAGGUGAAGCAAGCCGCCAUCGCCCACGCUGUACCCCCCGUCCCGACCGAGGCAGCUUCGCAGUCGGCCGAGUCCGAGCCGGCCGAAUCCAAGCAGGACCCCGAGCCCGAGACGGACCCGACGGUCGCGAAUGCCAACCUGACCGAGGUUGGCGAGGGAACCGCUGCCGCGCUCACCAACGGCCACGCCCAGGGGACGUCGGCGAGCAGCGGUGCUCCCAGCAACGCGGACGUCGACGACAGCGCCGCCAACGCCGCGGGCGAGAGCCAGUGGGACGUCAGCACCGAGCAGAACCAGUCGCAGGAGUGGGUGGACGUCAAGAUCCCGCGCGAGCCCAGCGAGACGGAGACCGGCCUGGCCGCCACGCCCGCGGCGCCGUCCAACACCCAGUCCUGGGCCGACGACCAUCCGGAGCCUGCGGCUGCCCCGGCCGCCGCUCCCGCCGCGGACGACGGCUUCCAGUCGGUGCAGGGCCGCAACCGGGGCCCGCGCGAGGGCGGCUGGCGCGGUCGCGGCGGCUACCGCGGCCGUGGCGGCGGCGGCGGCGGCUUCCGCGGGGAAGGUCGUGGUCGCGGCCGCGGCGGCCCCCGCGGCGGCAUGCCCUCGCGCCCCAGGCGUGGCGGUGACGAGCACUAGUGAUCCUGGUCAUCCAUCCAUCCAUCUUCGGGGAAGCUGCGCGCAACUGGGAAAGAAAUAACUUUUUUUUCUUUUUUCUCGCUUGA